AGAGGAUGAAAGAGGUAAGUGUACCUGGACAGGACUUUACAAACACCUGUAUACACACACACACAAGUCAUUUAGACAUAAGUUAUAGUUAAACAGUGAGAGAGUAAGAAAGAGGUGAGAUCUUUUAUAGUAUAGAACCUUGUGCAAAGAACAGUGGAAUAUCACAUGAAAUACAACAGAAACUUGGGAUUUCCUUUAAACUGGGUGAGUAUACAUAGCUGUAAUUGUACACUCUCUCCCCAGUUGUUGUGGAAUAUCCAAUUGGAGAUCUUUUAAGCUUGGUUGAUAACAUAUAUACACACACACACAUAUACAUACCUGUAAUUUUACAAGGCUUACUUCAAGAACCAUUGGAUAUCCGCAUGAAGAUAUCACUACAUGAAAAUUAACAUUAUUGUUUAAUGAGUACAACAAGAAAUUCCAUCCAGGGAAUCAAAGAGUAGCAGGAAAAAUAAAAACAAGAACAACUUCAACAACAAAACCAAAUUUACUAUGAUGGCAAUGAACAUUUGUUUUGUGCAGAGUAUCUUUGUGCUGUUUGGAUUGGUUCAUUUUGCUUCUGCAGAUGAAAUAAAAUGUGCAGCCACAGAGUUUGUAACAUUACAUGAUAAACCUAAAACAACAGAUAGUUCAAAUGUAAAAUUCUCUAGUUCAUUGAUACCAAUGGAAAGUGUCUGCCCAAUUCCUAAUUAUUGUUUCAAUGUAUCUGGGAAUAAUAGUCUUAUUGGAUCAGUGCAGACGGGAAACGUGCUGGAGUUGGAUAAAGAAUCAGGCAAAGAAAGGAAGGUGGUCCAUAUUAAGUGUAAAGACAACAUUGACAAAAUCUGCUGCAUAAAGCUUUCAUUUACGUAUGAAAAUACCUUUAAACCAAAAUUUGAGAAGCCUAGCUACACUCAUAAUGUUAAUGAGUCAGAACCAAUUGGUUUUUCUGUCUUCGAUAUUUCACAACAUAUAACAGAUGAAGAUAAAUGGUCAACCCCAACCUUGCCCAAAUCCAAGUACAAGUUAGAUAUUGAGCCUUCAGAAAUAAACGAUAUGUUUGUAAGUGAUGAAAACGGAAUUAUUAAACUGAACAAACUCUUGGAUUAUGACAACGGAACUAGGAAGUAUACAAUCAACAUAACUUUUGAGGAUUGCGGAAGGUAUGUUCAGUGUCCUGACCCCUUCACAACAAAUACACUUUUGUAUAUAAAUGUUCAAAAUUCUAAUGAUGAAGGUGUGAAAUUCAAUAACAAAAUCUACUUUGCUCAAGUCAAAGAGUAUACCAAAACUGGGGAAGUUGGGAUAUUUCCACAACCAGAUGUUACAGAUCUGGAGGUAGGCAGUACUGAAGAUGUUGUCUAUAUGCUUGAGGAUGCAUUACCAACAUCGUUCUUUGACUAUUUUCGUUUUGACAAUGUGGCUAGAAAACUGGUCAUCGAAAAGGCAGUGUCAAGGAAAGACCAUCAAAACUUCACAGUAACAUUGAAGGCUUUCAAGAAGAAUAGAGAGAAAGAUACAUUUGAUAAAAGUCUCCUGUUAGUUAAUAUUCUGAGAGGCAACAGUUAUCCACCUCUUAUCAUAAACACACCUUCUGAGGUAAACAUCACUGAAGUUUUGCCUAUAAACUCCCCUGUGGUGCUUGUGCAGUCCCAUGACAAGGAUAAUGAUGAAUUAACAUACCAUUUCGUAGGACAGCAUCCAAUGUUUCAAAUUCACAAAGAGUCAGGUCUAGUAACUCUGAGUCAACCUGUUCAGCAAAAGCUUGCAACUUUCCCUGUGACUCUCCAGGUUUAUGCCGAGGAAAACAACACAAAUGAGAGAUAUCAAAGUCAUAUACAUAAUAUAGUUGUGAAUGUUGUUGAUGAAAACACACACAAUCCUGUGUUUGCAAACAAAUCAUAUCUAUACAAUAUUCCUUUGACAACCAAGGCUGGACAGCCCUUUGCUACAAUAAGAGCUACAGAUGAGGACAAAAGUAUAAAUGGCAAAGUAACUUAUGAGAUAAUUCCUAAGAAUGUCCCCUUCAAAAUUGAUUCAGUGUCUGGCGAUCUUUCUGUCUUUGGUACCUUGCAAACAGGCAGUUACAACUUUACUGUCAUUGGCCAUGAUGGAGCAACUAAUCCAAGAUCCUCUGUUGUUAUGGUUACAGUGAGUGUAACAUCAGCCAAUCGGAAGCCAACAUUUUCCAGUCUCACACCCAAAACGCUUGAAAUACUUGAGACAACUGCACCUGAAACUAUAUUAACAACAAUAUUGGCCACAGACCCAGAUGAUGAUAAGCUGACAUUCCAGGUAGUGUCUACUGCAGACUAUUUUGACAUAGUGCCUUCACCUGACAAGGUCAGUCAUGUCUUAAGACUGAAGAAAUGGCUCAAUGAAUCCACCUUGAAUUCUAUAUAUGUCAGCAUAACCGUAUCAGAUAACAUUGAAACUGCCACGACUGGCAUCAAUAUCACAAUAAUCCCUGUGAAUAGCUAUGUACCUGUAUUUGAUCACCUGAUUUACACAUUUUCCAUUAAUGAAAAUGACAUAAUCAACACUUCAGUUGGUAAAGUAUUGGCCACUGACAAAGAUGGAGAUGCAGUCGAAUAUUACCUGCCAGGUGACAAAUACUUCAACAUUGAUGCUGGGUCAGGAAUCAUAACAAUAAAACAGAAACUUAACAAACCAACCAAAUAUUGUUUUGUGGUCCAAGCAUUUGACAGUAACAAGCAGCAUUAUGGUGUGGCACAAGUUGUAGUUGAUGUGAAAGACAGCAACAAUAAAAAACCAAAGUUUGAAAAAGAUUCAAUUCAAAUAACAGUGCAGGAAGACAAGAUGUGUGGUGAGCCCAUAUACACACCAAAGGCAACUGAUGAUGAUAUUUCCCCAGAGAACCAAGCCAAUGUCUAUUCUACAAACGAUCCCCAUUUUGUAAUAAGCAAUGGCUCUCUGUAUCUGAAGAAUUCUUCCUGCAAAAAUGAAACCUUUCUGGAAAGAAGAAUAAGUCUUGUUAUCACAGCUUCCAACAAAAAUAAUAUGAAUAUGACUGGCACCAUGAAAGUAGAAAUAUAUUUUAAGGAUAUUAAUAACCACAUUCCAGAAUUUGAGACUGUUCCAAGUUCUUUAAGUGUAGAUGAAAGUACACCUGUUGGGUCUUCUUUGUACAGGGUCUCUGUAAAAGACAAAGAUAUCGCUGAUAUCAACCGUUUAACCAGGUUUUCUAUCAAGGACCAAAAUCCCAACAUGGACAAGAUCCGCAUUGAUCCUCUCACAGGUGUCUUGUAUUUGAAUAAACCACUGGAUUAUGAUAAUCCUAGCCAAGACAGAAAUAUCACUUUUAAAGUGGUGGCUGAAAAUAUUGUAGACAAUGUUGGCGUUGGGUCUAAUCAGAAUUUUGUAAACUUGGCUGUUGUUACCGUGGAUGAAGAUGACAUCCCAUUGCAGUUUGAGAAUGAUACCUAUGUUGCAAAUAUUAAUGAAGAUUUACCUCCAAAUACUGUAAUUUUCGAAGUGAAGGCUACGAAAGGUGCACAAUAUUCUAUUGAUGAUACAAAGUUACCUUUCAGGAUAAACUCAACUGGACAUCUGACACUACAUUAUGCAUUACAUCACAAUAGUAAGACUUCAUAUGUCUUCCCAAUUGAAGCCAGAAAUAAGAAUGAAAAGAGAACUGCAACAGCUGUGAUUACCAUAAACAAUGUUAAUGACGCACCAACCAUUCACGAGCCACUUGAGUUUACUAUCUCUAAAAAUUUGCCUGCUCGUUCGAUAAUUGGACACAUAUUUGCAACCGAUCCAGACAACGAUGCCUUAAUUUACCAAUUAAACGAUACAAAUUUCUUCCUGAAUUCUACAACUGGUAAUCUAUACAGUAAGAUGGAGUUUGAUUAUGAAGCAAGAAAAAGCUUACUCAAACCGUUUACCUUUAAUGUGACAGUUAGUGACAAACAUCUCUCUGAUACCAAACAGAUUACUGUAGCAGUAAACAAUGGUACAGAACCCUUUUUUUCAAAGACACUGUACAGUGUAAAGCUUCCAGGAAAGAACAUCACACCAAAUCAAUUUGUGACUUCGGUUCCAGCAUCUAAUCCUGAUAAAUCGAGAACACUUACAUAUAAAAUAUAUGGUGACAAUCGUUUUGAGAUUCAGAAUAAUGGUAAUGUGAUUAUAAACAGCAAUUUCCAAGUCAAACCAAUAAAAGACAAGGUUAUAUCUUUGAUGAUUGUUGCUGACAAUGGAUUCUACAAAAGUGCUGCGUUGCUGAUGGUAGAGGUUAUAAAACCGUUUGAGUUUGUCAAAAGCCAUUUUAAUUUGUUUGUGAAGCAAAAUACAUCAGUUGGGACUGACAUAUUCCAACUUUCACCAAAUCUAAUGGUUGACACACAUGUUGAUAUAUCCAAUUUAACAGUGACACUAUCAAACAGUGUUGUUAAUUACAACAGUACAUGUAGAUGUAUAAUCACCAGUGACGUACUCGAUAAACAAAUAUAUAAUGUCACACUCAGCUUCAGUCAAAAUAGUAGCCAUUCCUCCACUCAACUCAUUAUCCAUGUGCUACCUGUGAAUAGUCAUCAUCCCAAAAUCUGGCUCCAGAAGGAUGAGGUUGAUGUAUUAGAUAAUGUGUCACCUGGUUACGUGGUGAGCAAUGUAACAGCAAAUGAUACUGAUUUCAUCCCAGGAUUUACAUUUUACCUGACUGAGACAUAUAACAAAUUUCACAUUGAUUCCAGCAAUGGCACUUUAACAGUUACAAACAGUUUGAACUAUCUACUUGGGCCUUCAUACAGUUUGGCUAUUUAUGUCCAAGAUCAUGGCUCUCCUCCUCUGAUAUCACAGAAAAACCUUACCAUUAAAGUUAUCAACAGCAAUAAAUUUUCACCUCAGUUUCAAAAUCUUCAGACAAAUAUAACAAUCAAUGAAAAUUCAAACAGCAAGAAUAUUUUCCAAGUAACUGCUAAUGAUGGUGACUCUGAUAAUGUGACUUAUGCCAUAACCAAAGGAAACUUAAACCAAGCAUUUGAAAUAGACAAUGUCACUGGAGUUGUAAGUGUUAAAAAUAGUAAAGAACUUGACUUUGAAAAUGUCAAAAAAUUUGAGCUCACUAUAGUGGCAACUGACAAUGCAAAGAAUCCUCAGUCAACAUCGGAAGUCGUGACAAUUUAUUUGUUAGAUAUGAAUGACAAUUCACCAAGAUUCCAAUCUCUAAGUUAUUUUGCAAGAAAUCUUCCCAUUGCGCCAAAUCAGGAAGUGUUUGAAGUCAAUGCUGUUGAUCAUGACAGCUCCAGAAAUAACAACAAUGUCAUCACUUACUCCGUGCUGAAUUACGUUGACCUAUUCAAUAUCAAUAAUGUCACAGGAAAGGUGACCAGUAAGAAGAACUUGACUGAUCGCAUGACCUAUUUUAUAGUUGUCCAGGCCUGUGAUGGAGGACAGCUUUGUACCAGCCAUACAGUUCAACUCCUAACAAGUUCCAGCAUACCGCUUAUUGCGUAUGUUAAAGAAAAUGUCUCGGAUGCUUUUGUCGUGAAUGUGAAUGCUUCAAGGACAUUGAAUGUUACUUAUUAUUUGAAAACCUGCAGUGAUCUUUUCACCAUUGACAGCAAAUCAGGUAUUCUAAGGACGAAAUUGCCACUAAGAUGGGAUCCCAUCCAAAACAAUUUCACCCUGACAGUUGUUGAAGAUUCAUCAAAGAAUUCUUCUGAAAUUACAGUAAUUGUCAUUGUCGAAGACAUCAAUGAUCAUGAUCCAGAGUUUCAGCAGCCAUCAUAUGAAUUCAGUGUUAAGGAAAACAGUAUCAAGACAUUUUUUGUGAAAGCUACAGAUGCUGACAGUUUGCUGCAUGGUAACAUAACUUAUAACCUGAGGCCAUUCACUCUCAAAGAGGGAAGCGUUACCAUUGAACCCUUCACUGGAAGACUAAACGUCUCCGGCCUUGAUAUGGAAGAGAGCUCCAAACACAGUCUUGAAGUUGUGGCUAACGACAAUGGCAACCCAGCAAGGCAAUCCACAGUCACCGUUUCCAUUAGAGUUGAAGACCAAAAUGACAAUCGGCCUGUUUUCGGGACAAGUAGCCGAGCGUUUUCUGUCAAAGAAAAUGACAGUCCUAAUCUAUUUGUUACCAGGGUCACGGCCACUGAUGCUGACUCAGGAUCUAAUGGUCAGGUCUUCUACACGCUAGUCAACAGUUCUUUACCAUUUACUAUUAAUCCUACAACUGGCGAUUUAUACACCAUUCAUAGUCUUGACUAUGAAACAAAUACAAUGUACACCAUAGAAAUCCUUGCCAGCGAUUUGGGUGAACCACAGCUCAACAACACCCACACCAUAACUGUCAAUGUCACUGAUGUCUGUGAUGACCAAAUACAGCUUAGACCAACUGUCUACAUCGCCAAUAACAUUGCAGUAGAUCGUACAAUGUUGGCUUUUGCCAGCUCUGCAAGUGAAACCGCCUUCACACUAGCAAAAGAUCAGGGCAUCUUCAGUAUUGAUGAGUCCAGUGGAGGAGUGAGCAUCUCAUCAGGCUUCCCCAGUCAACCCAACAGUUACAAUAUAACAGUGACGGCUCAAAAUAGGUGCAAUAUAACAGUAGAAGAAGAGGUAACCAUCAAAUUAUAUAAUGCUCCAAAGAUCGGUUCUGGAAGUGUAAUAGAAAUUGAAGUUUUAGAAGAGACAGUCAGCAAUAGAAGCCUUUUCAAUUUCUCUUCCCUUGAAGAAUUUCAAGGGCCUAAUGUCGAGUUCCAGCUCACAAACUAUAAAGAAUAUUUCUAUAUCAAAGAUGAACAACUGAUGCUUAAAAAACCAAUUGAUAGGGAAAAUAAACCAACCGUAACCCUUAUUGUGGAUGUUGUUAAGUCAACUCGAGUGAAAAGAUCGGUUGCCAGCAACAACAACAACAACAUUGUUAAAACUCUUAAAAUAGUUGUGAAGGUCAAAGAUUCCAAUGACAACAGUCCACAAUUCUCAACAGAUACACUCUACUUUGGAAUCCCAAUUUCUGCCUCACAAUUCUUUGAAAUUGGUACAAUACAGGCUGAAGAUAAAGAUGCUGGGGAGAAUUCGGUUUCAGUCUAUAGUUUAACAGGUAAAGAUAAGGAUCAAUUCUACAUGAACCCUUCAACCGGCAAUCUCCAUAAUCUGUUUGUCCCAGCAGCUGUUACACAAAAAGAGUAUACGGUUACUGUAGUAGCUGUCGACAAAGCAGAGUCUACUAAAAAUGAUACAGUCAUUGUAAUGAUGGCAAUCUACAGUGAUGAGUUUAGCUUAAUUCUCACUGUAAAUGCAACUGAUGAUAAAGUCCAAGAAAAUAGACAAGAAAUUAUCAGGAAUCUGAGUAAGCUUCUAGAUUUACAGAUUGUUAUAGAUCAUAUCCAGGUGCAUAUAGACAGAAAGAAUCGAGCAGAUGUUAACAGGACAGACAUUUUAUUUCAUGCAGUCAAUAAGGAUACAAUGAAAGUCAUCUCAAAAGAAGAGCUUGAACAAAAAUUAGAAGAAAAUGAGGAAGAGAUUUCCAGUCUUCUGAAGAGACUUAAGCUAAAUAUGAUGUCAUUCAAAGAAGUAGAAAGUAUUCCUGUUCGUCAGGAAACCAAACACGGCUUUGAUAAAAACCUGAUUAUCAUUAUUGUUUUGAUCAUCAUAAUUCUAAUUAUACCCAUCUCUACUGUAAUUCUCUUUGUUAUCAUAUCAAAAAGAUACAAGAAUAAAUUUGAUGAACUCCAAUCAUUGCUCUUUAAUCAAUCAAAUAUUAACGAGGGAUAUGAAAAAAGUGAAAUAGGAAUGACAAGCUUUGAAAGGAACAGCAACAACAGCAGUGGUCAUGUGAGUGGAAGCAGUUUUGAUACAGAAGCUUCCCUCUAUAAUUCUGUGCCUCUGCCUGAGACAACCAACAGAAACCAGGAAACACCUUCGAACUCUACUCAGGUUCCUAUAGAAGACCAACCAACUUCUUCAGAAACACAGAAAACUCCUUUAGAAAAUCAGCAGAAUUUAUUACAGAACCUUGACAGUUUUCUAGAGGGAUCUAAUACAAAUGUAUUAGGACAGGAAUCUGAAGACAGAGAUGUCCCAGAUUAUGGCAAAACUGAUGACCUGCAACAGCUUUUCAAAAGAGAUGAUGAUGAUGAAAUGGAAAGCACAGACAUAUAGCACCAUCAUCAUCAUCAUCAACAACAGGGAAGUUUCUUCAUGGUUUUUUUUUUACUUUUCUCAAAAUAAACACCAAAUUUCCUACAAAUUACUGUUUGCUGUCUUCAAAAACGAAAGAACCCAUUGGAUAAUGUAGUGCUGACUUCACUAUACCUGAACAAAAAUAUGUGAUGGCAUAGCUGGGAUGCCUUUGACCAUAGGCCUGCCCAAUCAUCCAGUGGCUGACAAUAUGCUUUAUAUAUAUAUAUAUAUUUUUAUAUUUUAUUAUAUUUUUUAUUGUAUUAUAGAUCAUAAAUGAUUUUUUUGAACAAAGCAAAUGACAAAAAUGAAGUGUAGUCAACUAAAUUGAUUCCAGUGAAUUAAAUCUGAAUUGAGACUUUAUGAAUGUGGAUGCUGUUGAACUCGAACCUCUGGUCUUUGAGUGACUCUGGUGGAGUCCGCUCUGAUGCAAGCAUUUGGCCCAGGGUUCCUGUCGGAGGAUAACUUUCUCUCUUCCAUUCACCAAUCUUAGAGUCUUGAAAAGAUAUCAAUGAUGCUGCACUUCUUCCUCUGAAUAAAUUAUAAAAAGUUUUAGAAAUAAAAAAAAUUCUUUAUCUAAGCAAGACCUGAAUUUUUUAUUGAGAUCAUCAUUCAGCCAUUAAUGGCUAUUAAUAUUUUGCAUGUGGAAGAUUUGGAGCUAACCUGCUCCACAAGACACACAUCUUCAGCUGAGUUGUGUAGGGUAAGAGGAAAUGCCUUGCCCAGGAUUUCAACAUGCUGCUCGGUUUUGGGAAUUGAACCCACCACUUUAACAAUCAUGAAUCCAUUAGUCUAACCACUAGGCUACACAUCUUUAUGAAAAGAUAAAGUUAAAUUACUAUAUUUUCAGUCU